AUGUCAGUGAUGAACAUCACUCUAGGCAGUGACAACAACUACAACCCAGAUGACCCCAAAGUUUACCGCUCAUGCAAGGACGUGGUCAGUAGCCAGCCCAGGCAGUUGGUCAAGCUCUCGACUGGCAUCGUGGUCAUGUGUGACACACAGACAGACGGCGGGGGCUGGACCAUCUUCCAGAGACGUGUCACCGGUGACGUCAGUUUUAACCAGGGCUGGAACAACUACAAGUACGGCUUCGGGGACUACAGUAACGGAGAUUUCUACCUGGGGAACGAACACCUGUACUGCAUGACCUCGAGCAAGAACUACGAAAUGAUGGUUGACCUGAAGUGUACGUUCAGGAACUACGACUACACGUACGCCAGCUUCAGGCUAUCCGACGAGUCCAGUGGGUACACGUUGUCCAUCACGAAAGGAUCGGGGAAUGCUGGAGACUCGCUGUACCUUGUCCACAACAGCGUGCCUUUCUACACCCCCGACAGGGACAAUCCUUUCAACUUCUUCCCAAUGUGUGCCACUACUCACGCUGGAGGAUGGUGGUUCUACGGACCCACUUGUUUCUCUGGCUACCUGAAUGGUCGCUGGACCUUGCCCUUAGCUUGGCCAAGUAACGGCAUAGCAUGUCCGUCACCGCAGACAAGCGAAAUGAAGAUUCGACCAAAGUAG